CAACUUCCUCUCCUUAUGGCUUCUUCUUACACUACCCUUGAUUCCUCCGCCAAUUCCAACGCCUUCAGUUUCUCAGGUCACCCCUUCAUGACUACCUCUUUCUCUGAUCUCCUCGCUUCCGGCGCCGCCUCCAACGAUAAUACUUCUUCCAACGAGGCCAAGCGUGGUGGCGGAUUGUCCUUGUCCGAUCGGAUUGCUGAGAGAACCGGCUUAGGUGUCCCUAAGUUUAAGUCUCUUCCUCCUCCUUCACUACCUAUCUCUCCUCCUCAGGUGUCUCCUUCUUCUUACUUUGCUAUCCCCCCCGGACUCAGCCCCGCCGAGCUCUUGGACUCUCCUGUUCUGUUGAACGCUUCAAACAUUCUGCCAUCUCCAACCACUGGAACUUUUCCACCUCAAGCUUUCUUCAAUUGGAAACCCAGUUCUGGAAAUAACCAGCGGAACGUCAAACGGGAAGACAAUAACUACGAUUUCUCUUUCCAAACUCAGCCAAGACCAGCCACCGAUUCUUCAACCACGUUUCAAUCCUCAACCAACGCGAUUCAAACAGCACAACAGCAAGCAUGGAGUUUCAAAGAAUCCGCCAAGGAAAACGAUUUUUCCUCGGGGAAGAACAUGGUAAAAUCCGAGUACAAUCAGAUGCAGAGCUUCUCCCCUGAGAUUGCCAACAUUCAAAGCAGCUCCCAAAGCUUCCAAUCGGAUUACGGAAAUUACCAGAAGCAAUCCCAGUCAAUCAGAGGGAACCGGAAAUCCGAUGAUGGAUACAAUUGGAGGAAAUAUGGACAAAAGCAAGUGAAAGGAAGCGAGAAUCCAAGAAGUUACUACAAGUGCACGUACCCCAAUUGCCCAACGAAGAAGAAAGUUGAGCGGUCCUUAGACGGGCAGAUAACCGAGAUAGUUUACAAGGGUAGCCACAACCAUCCUAAGCCUCAGUUGACGAGGCGAUCAUCGGCUUCUUCGUCUUCCAUUGCUAUUCAGACUUCGAGUGCAGCUAGCUCCGAGAUUCAGGAGCAUUCACUUAUAACUUAUGGCAGUGGACACAUGGAUUCUGUUACAACAACUGAGAAUUCUUCUGUAUCAGUUGGGGAUGAUGAUUUUGAGGGUUCCCAGAAGAGUAAAUCCGGAGGAAACGAGUUCGAUGAAGACGAGCCUGAGGCUAAAAGAUGGAGGAAUGAAGGUGAAAAUGAAGGAAUUUCAGCACCUGGGAGUAGAACAGUGAGGGAACCAAGAGUUGUAGUUCAAACAACCAGUGACAUUGAUAUUUUGGAUGAUGGAUAUAGAUGGAGAAAAUAUGGGCAAAAAGUGGUCAAAGGAAACCCGAAUCCAAGGAGCUACUACAAGUGCACACAUCCAGGAUGUCCGGUGAGAAAGCAUGUGGAGAGAGCCUCACAUGAUCUUAGGGCAGUGAUCACAACCUAUGAAGGGAAGCAUAACCAUGACGUUCCCGCAGCUCGCGGCAGCGGCAACCAUUCGGUCAAUAGACCAUUACCCGACAACAACAAUGGGGCAUUGGCAAUAAGGCCAUCACCUGUUAACAAUCCGAUGAGCAACAACCCUCUUCGUGGUUUGAGGGCAUCGGAAGGUGAAUCGCCCUUCAUGCUGGAGAUGUUGCAGGGAGCCGGAAACUUCGGGUUCUCGGGAUUCGGAAAUUCGGGAGGGUCUCUGAUGAAUCAGCAACAUGAUGUAAACAAGAUGUUCUCCAGAACCAAGGAAGAACCGAGAGACGAAGCGUUCAUCGAGUCAUUGCUGUACUGAAAU